GUCAGUUUGUCUAUGCUAGUACUAUGAAACUGUCACUCUAGUGUCACUGGCUCACUGUCAACAACUUAUUAUUAUUGUCAAUGUGUUGUACCGUGUUGUGGGUUUACAAAUUACAAUUUAUGUGAAACAAUAGAUUAUAAAUGAAAUGGAGAGUGUACUAGUACUUAAAGAUUACAAAACUGUGCCGGACAUUGUGCACGAGUACAGCCCAACGCUUAAAUUUGGCCAUAUUCCGUUAGUAAUAGAUAAUGGUUCCUAUCAAUGUAGAGUCGGUUGGUCAAUUAAUGAUGAACCUAACCUGAUAUUUAAGAACUUGAUAGCUAGACCAAGGAAGGAUAGAUGCAAAAAGGAUGCUGAACCUCCUGCCACACCACCAAUACAGAUUGUGACUCACUUUGAGGCUCAGGAGCAAGUAUUUGAUUACAUCUUCUCACACCUGGGUAUCGACAAUGAUGGUAGUGUUCCUCACCCUAUUGCUAUGACCGAAGCCUUUGUUACUCCCAAUUACUGUAGACAAUUGAUGUCUGAGCUGCUGUUUGAGGGCUACGGUGUUCCCGGAGUGAGCUAUGGUGUGGAUUCCUUAUUCAGUAUGUAUAAGAAUGACAUUGGUGACACAGCCCUUAUUGUCAACUGUGGAGUAGAGGAAAUACUUCAGGAACAUUGCUCCAUAGCGCUUGAUUAUCAAGAAGAGAUUAGAAAAUGGGCAAACCCUGAUUACUAUGAAGCCAAUGUGCAGAGAGUACAGUUACCUUAUGUCCAAACUACUAGCUCAUCUGGGUUAACAGCUGAACAGCAAAAAGAAAGGAAGAAGGAGAUGGCGCGACGAUUGCUUGAAAUAAACGCAAGGAAACGUGAAGAAAGACUUGCUGAGGAUGAAGAACAGCUGAAUCAACUUCUUGCUAUUAAGAGACAAAUAUCUAACAUACACAUGCGCAUAGAGAAGAACAAACAGCGGAUAGUUGCGGCUGCUACUGCCGAAGAGAACUUGGAAAAUCGUCCAACUGGCCGGUUGAAUCCGCCAACUGAACCAGAGCGUUCCAGACUUGGCUCAAUGAGACGCGAUCUAAGACAACCGCUUCUAAAAUCCAUACUAUCUUAUUCAUUUCAGUAUCGCGAACUAGUAGCCCGUCGCGAAGCCCGCCGUGCCCGUCGCGCUGCCAUGGUGAAGCGACGCACGGCUGCGGCUGCUGAACGUAUGCGAGUCAUCUCCCGCCUCGCUGCUGCUGGGGACGACUUCGGAAAUCAAGACUCCGAUUGGGAUGCAUAUAAAAGAGCUCCAGAGCUAAUGUUUCAACCUUCAAUGAUGGGCAACUUAGAAGCAGGGUUGGCUGAAACAAUGGAAUAUGUGUUCAAACACUUCAGCCCUGAAGAUCAGCUCCUGUUAGCAAAUAAUGUGUUCCUCACAGGAGGCAGUUCUCAAUUCCCAGGUCUAAAAGAGAGGCUGGAAAGAGAACUUCUAGAAAUGAGACCAUUCCAAUCGACACACAAGGUAGUGGUAGCCAAAAAUCCCAGUUUAGACGCUUGGUACGGAGCAAGGGACUUUGCUGGUAGCAAUGAGUUUGAAAAUUGGUGUAUUUCGAAAGAAGAUUAUUAUGAGAUGGGUGGAGAGUAUUUGAAGGAACAUUACGCAAGUAACAAGUAUUACAAGAGUCCAGCACCGAUUGUGGAUAAUACUCUCGCGCCUUCCAUCGAUUCCAACGUCGUGAAGGAAGAAAUUGUUGUGGAUUGCUAGCAUGUGAGGUUUGCUUGAUUAAAGUUACUUAUUCAGAACAUUCUGGUUUGUUUAAUAUUGUCGUGUAUGUACCUGGUUAAUACAAGGUGUAGUUUUGAAACCGUGUCAUUUCUCGGGGGCAUGUCACAGAAGUCAUAAAGGUUCAAUGUAAGAGAAACGGGCCAAU